UGUCAGUCGAACAACAGCACGGACCGUACACGUUUUCACGAUACGUUAUCUGCAGGUAGCUGCGUUCUUAUCGAACGUUAAUCCCGGGGGUUUCCGGGCAGGUUCUGUGUUUUGUGCGGUGUUUGUUUUUCCAAUCUAGUGUGAAACUCGUGUACGUCGUCCUUCACUGUUGGUGGGGAAAAACAUUCUUCAGUUUAUCAGGGAACUGGGAGUAGAAAAAGAAUUUGAAAUAAUUCUGGGGCUAGCUGUGCUGUCCGGCUGUGCUUGAAGAGAAGUGUCGGACCGGCUUAGUGUGAUGACAGUUUAAUCAUCGGCGCCAAGCGGUUCGGACCGUAGUUAAUUUCGUGUAAUUGUGUUCACUUCGUUAGACGAAAUAAUUUCAAUCGUGUUACUGCGUUGCAGAGUCUGCAAGACAGGAAAGCAUAUUAAUAUCCAACUAACUACCAGGAACCUGAUUGCGCUUUGUGUCCAAGCUAUCUACCGAAUAGCCUCACUCUCGUAAGACCGAAAGGAUUACAGGAAAACGUUAUCCUUUCGGGUAUUACGCAGAAGGUUCCGGUAUCGUGGCCAACAGUCGUCGGCUCCCGGUCGGCAGUCGGAUUUUCAAUAAAUAAUCGUUAAUUAUUCAGCACAAUUUACUCAAUGAAAUGGUUAGCGGUGAACGAAUCCAUUCAAAUUUUAUAAUAAUGUAGAUUUAUGGAAACCCAUUGCACAGUGCGCUUCUGCAUCAGAUUUUUGGCUGCUCCCGACUACCCUAUUCGCUUCCCCAGUGCUCGGAGUGGUGGAAGGAUAGUGAAAAACGUGGUGCGAAAUCCAUUGCGAUCGGAAGUGACGCGUGCCAAAAAGAAAGCAUGAAAAACAUCGAAAUGUGUAUGCAAGUGUGUUGAUUAUCGUUCGUAUGAAUUAAAUGGGAUGUAAGUGAAAAAAAAAACGGAUCCAAAUCCGCAUCUGCGACAGGAGGAAGGCGAAAAGGUUUGUGCAGUGAUAUUUAAAUCCCGAUGACCGAUGCCCGAUGCGCCAUGUGCCCAGUGUGAGAGUGCUGUGGAGAAUAAAACGGAAGGAUACAAAUGUGCACCGUGCCAAAUGUGCUAUAAAAUGAGCCAGACGAAUAAAAUCAUCGGCUAGUCAUUAAAAAGGGCAAUUUGUGUGUGCGUGUGUGGGUGUCUCCCUGUGUGUAUGUGAGUGUAUUGUGUCCGAUAGUCGAUCUGUGCAUAAGUGCACGUGUGCGUGAGUGUGUGUGUGUUUUUGCAAUCCGUUAAGCGCAUCGCGUCAUUAGCAAUCUCCAGUUGCGCAAGCGGAAGUGUUCGCGACGCUGCUGGAAUCUGUAUUCCCUCGUGGGACCGGAUAAAAGAAUAGGUUGAUCAUCGGAAUCUACAGAUCACCUUUAUCAGCACGUGCAUCCAUUCCGUCUUUAUACUAGCACACGAAGAAUUUCGCGCAACAAUGGUUGGGGAUUGGUGUAAACUGCUUACGGACGUACUACGUCCAUCGCGGUCCAUCGGUUGUAAUGUCCUGAAACGGUUCAUCAGCAUCGGCAUCCUGCUACAGAUCAUCGCCAAUUGUGAUUAUGGCUUUGGUGCUAUUCGAUCGGUGCAGCUGGUGGUGGACCCUCCCGCAGUACGCCGUGGACAACAUGCAACGUUGCGUUGCCUCUACGAUUUGGAUGAUUCGCCACUGUACUCCGUCAAGUUCUAUCGCGGUUUGCGAGAGUUCUACCGUUACUCACCGGGACAGCAGCCGAGUAAAAAGAUAUUUCCUUUUCCCGGCAUCAAUGUUGACGCUUCGCUCUCCGACAACCGACAGGUGGUUAUCAAAAAUGUGGGCUUCGGGCUGUCGGGCAAUUUUUCCUGUGAAGUUACAGCAGACGCACCAUCGUUCUCUACCGCCACCGAACACAUCAGCAUGCAAGUAGUGGAACUACCCGACAGUGGGCCCACCCUGUGGACGGAACAUACCCGCUAUGAGCCAGGAGACGUGCUGAGAGCAAACUGCACUUCACAACCGUCGAGACCGAAAGCUGAGCUAACACUGACGCUGAACAACAUGGUGGUCUACACAUCGCACGAAGAAUCACGAACCACCACGGACAAUCUGAUCUCGAGCAGUCUCACCUUACGGCUACACCUGCAAAGCUCGCACUUCGGUACGGGGCUGAUGCCGGGACUAGGCGGUGCGUCCGGAUCCGGUGGCGCACUGUUGCUGCGAUGUACCGCCACCAUAGGGAAGCUGUACGAGCGCUACACCGAGCUGGAGCUGGGCGUGCCCCAGCGGGAUCCAAUACCGGCCAGAGUCACCUCGUCCGGCGGUGGACGGAUAUUGCCGUGCCCGGCAGGAAGCAUCGCCGGGUGCCGAAAUCUGUGGAUGCUGAUCCUCAUCACGCUGGCACUGGUGCUGCACAACAACCAUCCCUCAUUAGCCCCACUCAGUCGACCGCUCGUCCCGCUCGGUGCGCUUCUUCGAAGAUAGUUUGCCUACACCCGUAUGCCGUGAUGCAGUGUCCAGCCGGAACCGACGGCUAACACUACUACUACUGUGCUCCGUUAGUGCUAACAAGACCCAUUGCGGCAGCAGCAGUAAGAGGCGUAGAAUCCACAACCCCACUGGAACUCCCCGCAAUUGCCGUGGUGGGGAAUGGGAAUGGCAUAAAAAACUGACUACAGGAUUUAACCGGAUUGUCGUACAUUUCGUUCCCCAUCAUUUGACGCGUUAUGUGUUUUUCUUCCUUCUGUCCUCCUACCCGGCUGAGCCACUGCAUGUGCAUGCGAGAGCAUGGGGCAGUGACUAUCCCUUUGCAUCCUUCCAUCCCGGUCUAUAUCCCUUGCAUAUUCACACGUAAUGUUAAUGGUGUGUCAUCUCGUCGAUAGAUCAUGCGGUUUAGGAGAGCAUAUUUCUGCAGCUGGAUGGUGGGGGCAGACCGCAACCAGCACGCUGCGUCUCGAACCGUAAAGCCAAAGCCAACGACCGUGAUGUUUAGAAUGACACUAAUGAUAAUGAUGAUGAUGAUGAGGAGG